AUGUCAGGGCCGGGAUUCUCAUCAUCAGGGCCGUCGUCCGCAGCAGCUGGUGGUAGCCGACUUCCCGCUGUCCACGAUGCGAAGGCGACGUGGGCCUUCCUCGAACCAGGCAUCGACCUCAUGAUGACCCGCCUCAAGGAAGGCAUGACUUAUCCACGAUACAUGGAGCUCUACACAGUAGCAUACAACCACUUCACUUCCUCUUCGCUAGCUUCCUCAUCGACUGCGCUCGGCCGUUCGUCGGGUCCCUUUGGCUCCAAGGGCGGCACCAAUCUCGUCGGCGCCGAACUCUACAAUCAUCUCACCGCCUACUUUCGUACUCAUCUAGAGCAAGUUCGAACAGGCUCUGACGGCCUCUCCGAAGAGCCGUUGCUUCGAUACUAUGCUACCGAAUGGGACCGCUACACCACCGGCGCCAACUUUGUCCAUCGCCUCUUUGCAUACCUCAACCGCCACUGGGUCAAACGCGAGAAGGACGAGGGCCGAAAAUACGUUUAUACCGUCUACAUCCUUGCGCUGGUGCAAUGGAAGGAGCACAUGUUCCGCUACGUCCAGCAAAAGGGUCGCCUAGUGCAAGCUUUGCUUAAACAGAUUGAAAAGCAGCGCAAUGGUGAGGUCAUCGAGGCGUCCCUCGUCAAGAAGGUCGUCGAUUCUCUCGUAUCGCUCGGUCUCGACGAGACAGACACCAACCGUCAAAACCUCGAUGUCUACCGUCAAGAGUUCGAAAAGCCCUUCAUCGAGGCGACCGAGGUGUACUACACUGCCGAGUCCGAUGCCUUUGUAUCGCAAAACACCGCCACAGACUACAUGAAGAAGGCCGAGACCAGGCUCAAAGAGGAGGAAGAUCGUGUCGAGCUGUACCUCCAUGCCUCCACACGCACAAAGCUAGUGCCGACCUGCGACAAUGUGCUGGUGCGACGCCACUCGACCAUGCUCUGGGACGAAUUCCAGCAGCUUCUUGACCUCGAACAGGCCGACGAUCUCUUCCGCAUCUAUACCCUCCUCUCGCGCAUUCCGGAAGGUCUCGAGCCGCUCCGGAAGAACUUCGAAGAGCACGUCAAGCGUGCUGGUCUCGCUGCUGUCGAAAAGGUCAUCGGCGGCGGCGAUGCUGCUGCUGCUGCAACUCCCGCUGCGACCAACGGCGCUGCUGGCUCGUCUUCUGCCGCCACAGCUGCUGCCUCUGCAGCAAGCGACUCCCUCGAUCCAGGCGCCUACGUUUCUGCUUUGCUGGACGCACACCGAAGCAACCUCAACACGGUCAACGUCGCCUUCCGUGGCGAAGCCGGCUUCCUGGCCGCACUCGACAAAGCUUGUCGCGACUUUGUCAACCGCAACAAGGCCACCGGCACUUCCACCUCCAAGUCGCCCGAGCUCCUCGCCAAACACACAGACGCCCUGCUCAAGAAAUCCAACAAGACGUCUGCCGAGAAUUCGCUCGAAGAGGCGCUCAACGACGUCAUGGUGGUGUUCAAGUACAUCGAAGACAAGGACGUCUUCCAGAAGUUCUACUCCAAGAUGCUCGCCAAACGUCUCGUCAACUUUGCAUCUGCCUCGGACGAUGCGGAGGCCAACAUGAUCUCGCGGCUCAAAGAGGCGUGUGGUUUCGAGUACACGGCCAAGCUUGCGCGAAUGUUCACCGACAUGGGCCUGAGCAAGGAACUCAACGACAAUUUCAAGGAGACCAUGGCGAAGAACCACGACAAGGCCGAGUUGGACGUCGACUUUUAUGCUUUGGUCCUUGCUAAUGGAUUCUGGCCGUUGCAAGCGCCAACGACGGAGUUCUCGAUCCCCACCGAGCUGCUACCGACGUACGAACGAUUCCAACGCCACUACUCGGCCAAGCAUUCCGGUCGAAAAUUGACGUGGCUGUGGCAGCUGAGCAAAAAUGAGGUCAAGGCCAACUAUCUCUCGCAGAAGCAGCUCCAGUUCCAAACAUCGAGUUUCCAGACGGCGGUGUUGUUGCAGUUCAACACGAACGAUUCGUUGACCAAGGCACAACUGCAGCAAGCUACGGGCCUCAACGAUGCCACCAUCAAACCUGUCUUGGCGAUGCUGUCCAAGGCGAAGGUAUUGCAGCCGUCGUCGGCUGACGAAGAGGCGUACGAGCUGAACACGAAUUUCAAGUCGAAGAAGCUUCGUGUCAAUCUGAACCUGCCAAUCAAAUCGGAGCAGAAGGUGGAGUCGAACGACGUGUUGAAGACGGUGGACGAGGAUAGGAGGUUGUUGCUGCAAGCGACGAUUGUGAGGAUCAUGAAGAGCAGGAAGCAGCUGAAGCACCAGACGUUGAUUCAGGAGACCGUGGCGCAGGUGAGCGGCAGGUUCAGCCCCAGAGUCCCGGAUAUCAAGAAGGCCAUUGACCAGCUGAUUGACAAGGAGUAUUUGGAGAGGGUGGAGGGUAGCAAGGAUGUGUACUCGUAUCUGGCGUAG